AGCGCCGAGGCUGCCUGACUGGAAUGAGGGUAGCUGCGGCGACUGCGGCGGCGGGAGCGGGGCAGGCCAUGGCGGUGUGGACGCGGGCCACCAAAGCGGGGCUUGUGGAGCUGCUCCUAAGGGAGCGCUGGGUUCGGGUGGUGGCCGAGCUCAGCGGAGAGAGCCUAAGCCUCACCGGCGACGCUGCAGCGGCUGAGUCCGAGCCCUCUCUAGGGCCGGCGGCGGCCGCCUUCAACGGCCUCCCGAACGGCGGUGGCGCCGGCGACUCGCUGCCCGGGAGUCCCAGCCGCGGCCUGGGUCCCCCGAGCCCGCCCGCGCCGCCGCGGGGCCCGGCGGGCGAGGCGGGCGCGUCGCCGCCCGUGCGCCGGGUGCGGGUAGUGAAGCAGGAGGCGGGCGGCCUGGGCAUCAGCAUCAAGGGCGGCCGCGAGAACCGGAUGCCCAUCCUCAUCUCCAAGAUCUUCCCGGGGCUGGCGGCCGACCAGAGCCGAGCGUUGCGGCUGGGCGACGCCAUCCUGUCGGUGAACGGCACCGACCUGCGCCAGGCCACCCACGACCAGGCCGUGCAGGCGCUGAAGCGCGCGGGCAAGGAGGUGCUGCUGGAGGUCAAGUUCAUCCGAGAAGUAACACCAUAUAUCAAGAAGCCAUCAUUAGUAUCAGAUCUACCGUGGGAAGGUGCAUCUCCUCAGUCACCAAGCUUUAGUGGCAGUGAGGACUCUGGUUCUCCAAAACACCAGAACAGCACCAAGGACAGGAAGGUCAUCCCUCUCAAAAUGUGCUUUGCUGCUAGAAACCUAAGCAUGCCGGAUCUGGAAAACAGAUUGAUAGAACUACAUUCUCCUGAUAGCAGGAACACGUUGAUCCUACGCUGCAAGGAUACAGCCACAGCACACUCCUGGUUCGUAGCUAUCCACACCAACAUAAUGGCUCUCCUCCCACAGGUAUUGGCUGAACUCAAUGCCAUGCUUGGUGCAACCAGUACAGCAGGAGGCAGCAAGGAGGUCAAGCACAUUGCCUGGCUGGCAGAACAGGCAAAGCUAGAUGGUGGAAGACAACAGUGGAGACCUGUCCUUAUGGCUGUGACUGAGAAGGAUUUGCUGCUUUAUGACUGUAUGCCAUGGACAAGGGAUGCCUGGGCAUCACCAUGUCAUAGCUACCCCCUUGUUGCUACAAGGUUGGUUCAUUCUGGCUCUGGAUGUCGAUCACCCUCACUUGGAUCUGACCUUACAUUUGCUACUCGGACGGGCUCUCGGCAGGGCAUUGAGAUGCAUCUCUUCAGAGUGGAGACACAUCGGGAUCUGUCAACCUGGACCAGGAUACUCGUUCAGGGUUGUCAUGCUGCUGCUGAACUAAUUAAGGAAGUCUCUCUAGGCUGCACAUUAAAUGGCCAAGAGGUAAGACUCACUGUCCACUAUGAAAAUGGGUUCACUGUCUCCAAGGAAAAUGGAGGUUCCAGCAGCAUACUGUACCGCUACCCCUUUGAAAGGCUGAAAAUGUCUGCUGAUGAUGGCAUCAGAAAUCUGUAUUUGGAUUUUGGUGGUCCUGAGGGAGAACUGACCAUGGACCUGCACUCUUGUCCAAAGCCGAUUGUAUUUGUGUUGCACACGUUCUUGUCAGCCAAAGUCACUCGUAUGGGACUGCUUGUAUGAGCAGCAGAAAAUCAGAAAAGAGUCUUGAAUGUCACAAGAAGUAUUUCCACCUCAAAAAAAAAAAAAAAAAAAAAAGCACAAAAAGAAAGCUCUCUCUCCUCCAGCACAGUGCCUUGACAAGGACCUGCAAAUCACUGCUGAACAGUAACCAUGUUUAAAGAAGAGCCUGCCUUUCACAAGCUACCUUGGCCAGAAAUUCUAGUACUCUAAUAAGCUCCAACAUGAAGCUGUUGAUUGACCGUAUAGUUUCCUAAUGUGGUUUCUAAGUAACUAGGUUUAUUUCCCCUGUUAAGAAGGAUGGCUCAUUGUGGGGGUUUUUGGGGACGUAAUCAAAUAUCGAAGAGUUGUUUUCGUUUUCUUCUUCCUACAGGAUUUGUUUCGAGCAUAGCCUUGGUCUCUUGCUUCAUUUGACCGUCUCUUCCCAGGUGCUAGUUGGCAGCAGCCUGUGCUUCUUGGCCAUUCCAGAUAGGUCGUACAUUCUGUCGGAGCUGGCUGUCAUUUAUUCCUUCCACCCUAGGAAGUCCUGGAAUUGCACACCCAAGUGUUCUUCCAUGUGUCCUGGCUCUCCUGCAUCCCACCCUGGCCAUCACUUCCCAUUACAUCACGAGCUUUGCCACUCAUAAGUGCUAACUUUAGGACUUAGAACUUGCAAAUUUUUAUUUGCCUUGCCUUCUACUUCUUUUCUAGUGGUAACCGAGUUGGAAGCCACUGAUUUGAAAGAAGAGUUUUGCUUGUUUUAGAUUUUUCUGAUUAAUCUUUGGUAGGAGCCAGGGGAUAAGAUUUAUUUUAAAAGAAAGUCCUCAUUUUAGCCUAAGCCAUUUUUUAUUGCUUACCAAAUGUGCCUUUGGUUAAGGUUAGUGGAGCUUUAUUAGUCACUAUAUGAAUAACUGGAUAUCACUGCCAUUCCAGGGAGAUAAUCCAUCCUAGUUUUGAGGAAUAGUCUUUAAGAUGGAUUUCCUGAGUAGUAUCUUUUCUAGUGGGCAGAUCUCAUUGGGGAAGAUAAAUCCUGGAGAGCCUGCUUGUUUAAAGAGUAGACUCUAUAAAGGCAGCUCUUCACAAACAUCAUGUUGCGUUGCUUUGGGUUUUGUGAGCCCAUGCAGGGCCCUGGCCCUGGCCCUUUGUGGAAGCAGAUUGGUACAGACAGGCAGCUGCUAAUUCAAGACUCACUGUUGGUGUAGUAAUGCGUUCGACAGCGGGCAGGGUGACGAGACCAUGGGAUAGCUACCUGGGUUUUGCUAAGCAUUGCCGGACAUCAUCUUUAGGACAUAGUAGCAGUAAGAUUGCUGAUUUUGUAGUAUUAGAGAAACACAUUCAGCUUGUUUUUCCUAAUUAUGAAGGAGGUAUAUAUCUGAAAACAUUCAAAAUAAUAUAAGAGCUGUCUAAAAUGUCAAGAUUACCACAGUCCCCAGAUCUGAAAGAGAAGGUAAUAUUGACUUGGAUGUUCUCUGUGUUCUCCGAAGAAAAGUCUAUGCCGAGCUCUCACUUACUAGAUUUAUGAGGUAUGCCGUAAGAGGGUGUGAGCUCUUUGGAGAGUGGAGGAAGGUAGCACUCCAAAUAGGAAGGAAAAAAACCCCACAAUCCUAUGGAAAACACGAGCUAUUUGGUGUGAGUGCCGACUGACCUAGGUAGGACAUUUGAAAGAGCAGACUCAUGAACAGAGUUUGAGUUAGACAUUGUAACCCCACUGUUUUCCCUGUGCCCAUAAGUCGGUCCUCCUUCCCCUUGUGUACGGUGAGAAUAACCACAUGCACAGGCUGGGGAGAGAGAACUGUUCUCCCCCCAGCUACAGUUCCAACAAUGAAUGAUGUGGUCCACUUAAAACUGGAAAUUGACAUCUACACUAGAAUAUGUGUUUCAAGGGCUUUUUUUUUUUUUUUUUUUUUUACGUUUUAAAGGUUCAUAAACCUGUAUUUGGCUCCAGCUGAAGUAAAUUUGCAAAUAGGGAAGGAAAAAAAAUAUCUUGAAGGUCCAGCUAUGAUUUCUGGAAGCAGAAUUUCAACACAUAAUACCCUCAGAUAAGGGAGCUUAGACACUUUGCAGUGAGAGCAUUAUUAAUCUGAAACGUUGCACAAUGCAGUCACAGACUUUGCAGCGAAGCCAUUUGGUGGAGGUUUUCUUUGUUAGUGUGAAAGGCUAAGCCACUGAGAAUAUUUUCAGGGGGAACUUCUGAGCCACCCUGCUCAUCACUUACAUGAAAAAGAACUCUAAAAAAGGUGUGAUGAAAAUGUGGGCAGGAGAAGGAAAAGCAUGUGAGCCAUUUUGGCUCAUUUUCUUCCAGCUUAAAUUGUCACCAAGGUCCAUAAGGUUUUUAAAUCUUUCGAGUCUUAAUGUGAAAUGAAAAUGUGUGGGAGAUUUCCUUUGACCACUAGCACCCCCGAGAGCAAGAGCCUUUAAGCUGCUUGUUUAACAUCAGCAGCUUUCCACUCGUGGGUGACCAGAUUGUUAUUCAACUAAGUGUGUUUGUGGAACUUUCAAACCACAGAUGAAGAGCUUUUUACGGAUAGGACAGCCUUGAUUAAUAUGUAUUUUGUAUUAAUAUGCCAAAACAUGGCAAAUUAUUUUCAAAUGAUAACUAAAAAUGGGCAUUUUUGAUAUUUCACAUCUUUUAUAGAACAGCUUUUCAUUUCUUUUUCAUUUCAAAUCAGGAAAAUUGUUGAGAAUGUUGUGGGCUUGCCUGUGUAGAACGGAAAGGAACCUGCAGAGUAGUGUGUGCCUUGUUCCAAUGGAUCGCUUCCUGUGCCCCUCGACCCCCCCCCCCCCCCCGCCCCCAGACCUGGGGCUUAGACGUCUUCUCCAUAUUCCACACAGAAGCUUAGAAGUAGCCACCUGGUGUGUGAAAAUACUUCCUUCUCAUUCCUUAAAAUUUCUCCCUUUCCUCUCCAAAAAAAGAAAGAAAAGGAAAGAAAAAGAAAAGGCUGUCAUUCUUAUUCUGAAAAAGGUAAGUCCUUUCCUGAAGUUACCAAACAAACCUUACCUAGAAAUUAGUAUCUAUUAUUUUAUAUGAAGUAAUACUUAAAUGUAUGUUUAUACAGUAUUUAUUAGAUAGUUCGAACUGAAAACUCACCUACCUAGUAGACAGGUUCAGAUUACAUAUUGGGACCUGUACAGGCAAUCAAAAAUAUUACCUUAUUUGUCAUUCACCUAUUUUAAAGCCAUGUUUGAGCACUUUUUAGGCUAGGUGAAGUCUGAUAGUGCAUGUUUUUAUCAGCUAUACCCUCACAAACUUUGUUAUUGAACAUUAUUGGAUGGCAGGAGAGAUUGAAUUAUUUAUUUCUUCUCUAAUCUAACCUACCAAUCUAAUCUAACCAACAAAUGAUUAAAGUUGUCCCUGAUUGUUUUCCUAAUUUAUCUUCCUAGGCAGAAUGGUAACCAAGCUUUUUUCAGUUGAUUAGAUGCACUUAGCUAAUAAACUAGAAUUUUUUCUUAAAAAUAAAAUUAAGCUGUGUGGAAUCUGGACAAGAUUAUGUUUCUCCCAGAAGAAGUUUUCGCUGUAAAUGGUUUUGAUGGACAAAAGCGUGACCACUUUGAGAAAAGGUUAUGAUGAACUUUUUUUUUUAAUUUUGUGAGAACCUCCAGGUCUUCUUGUUUAUUAAUUUAUAUGCAUGUGGAUAUAUUUGUAUGUUUUCAGAAACAUGGAAGAAUCUCCAUAUUUUUUAAUGCAAAUUAUAUUGUACGCUGCUAUGCAAAUUCUAUUAAAAGCCCUACCUACUUAAAAGUUAAACAUUUUUGAAGCUUUCAGGGAAGACCUGUAGACUUAAGCACUUUCUCUGCUGUUUUGUAUCUUGGACACUUACGCUGAACUGUUCUUAUUUUCACUGGUUAUAAGCUGUUGAUUGUACAUAAUAUUUAAACUGUCCAAAUAUCCAGCAUACAUUUCCUUGUCGCUGCCAUCCACCAUUGGUGGCAUGAAUGAAUGGCUGGUUAGAAAGCCAAAGGUCAUCUUUUUUCAGUUGAUCAUGAAGAAGUGAAAUGUCAGAUCUCUUUGGUCUCAAAGCAAAUUGCUCCGGUCAGAUCAAACAUCUACCCAAGGAAAAAAGACUUCUUUAAAUUGGGGAUUCUACUUAAACUUUAAGUUGAAUUUGACCAUAAUCCCAUUCAUUCUUUUUGUAUGAAGAGCUCGAUCAGGUCUAUAAUAUGCCAGGUGGUAUUAUAUUUUAUCUUAAGUUUGGAAAUCUCUUUCAGUUAAAUUUAAAAUGUUAUUGCGGUUUCCCCCCAACCCCCCUCCUGAAGAUGAAAGCAUAAGAAUCUGCCAUUUGCUGCUGUUCUCUCUCUCGAGAUUGCUUGGUAAUCCAGAAUUAGUUUGACUUUCUACGUACUGUCUUUUAAUACUGACAGCAGCAGUCCCCCCCUCCCUCUUUUUUAAAGCUGUCUCCUUCCCUGUGCUGGGUAUAUAGACAAUAAAUGUGUGAUGGCAGACAGUUAUAAAAUAAUUAUGUUGUAUUUCAGGAUUAUGUGGUUUUGAGCAAUUUAGCUACUCCUAUGGUGUACUGAUAACUGAAAUUUACUUUAUGCUGGUAAUAGACUACUUAGUGGCAGAUUUGAAACCAUUUCUCUACAACACACACAACACAUCUGGCAGAUCAAUGAUACAAGUUCAUUCUAUCAAAGAUAGAAUUUCAAGUUAAGGUAACCAAAACUAGGCUCAUGGGGCACACCUGUACAUCUGUUGUCUUUUUUUUUUUUUUUUUUUUUUU